UUCAGGGAGAGAGAGAGAGAGAGAGGAGAGAGGAAUCAAGAACAAGAACAAGAACGGAGAAGCGAAGCGACCGCAAUGCCCCCUUUGGUGGCCGAGGAGGAGGAUCUCUUCCCGUCCACCCCCGGCAAGUUCAAGACCGACCGCCGCCACCGCCACCGCCUCCUCCUCCACCGCCACCUCCGCCGCUGCUUCGCCUCCGCCGGCGCCACCUUCCUGUGGGCCCUCUUCCUCCUCGCCCUCGCCGCCUCCUACCUCAGCUUCCAGGGCCUCGUCUCCUCCGGCAACCGCCUCCUCGCCGCCUCCUGGGGCGGCAUCCAGUGGGAGAAGCAGGUACGCGUCUCCGCCCAGCCCCGCCGCCCCGCCGGCCUCUCCGUCCUCGUCACCGGCGCCGCCGGCUUCGUCGGCGCCCACACCUCCCUCGCCCUCAGGAAGCGCGGCGACGGCGUCGUCGGCCUCGACAACUUCAACCCCUACUACGACCCCUCCCUCAAGACGUCCCGCGCGUCGCUGCUCCGUGUCCAGAAGGUCUUCGUCGUCGACGGCGACGUCAACGACGCGCGCCUCCUGGCCAAGCUCUUCGACGUCGUGGCCUUCACCCACGUGAUGCACCUCGCGGCCCAGGCCGGCGUCAGGUACGCCAUCGAGAACCCGCACUCGUACGUCCACUCCAACGUCGCCGGCCUCGUCGGGCUCCUCGAGGCCUGCAAGUCGGCGAACCCCCAGCCGGCUUUCGUCUGGGCCUCCUCGAGCUCCGUCUACGGCCUCAACGAGAAGUCGCCGUUCUCCGAGUCGGACCGGACCGACCGGCCGGCCAGCCUCUACGCCGCCACCAAGAAAGCCGGCGAGGAGAUCACGCACGCUUACAACCACAUCUACGGCCUGUCGAUCACCGGCCUCCGGUUCUUCACCGUGUACGGCCCGUGGGGCCGGCCGGACAUGGCGUACUUCUCGUUCACCCGGAACAUACUCCAAGGCAAGCCGGUCACGAUAUACCGGGGCAAGAACCGGGUCGACCUGGCCCGGGACUUCACGUACAUCGACGACAUUGUGAAGGGGUGCUUGGCGUCGCUGGACACGGCGGGCAAGAGCACCGGGAAGGGCGGCAAGAAGCGCGGGCCGGCUCAGUACCGGAUCUUCAACCUGGGGAACACGUCGCCGGUGACGGUGCCGGAGAUGGUGAGCAUGCUGGAGAGGCACCUGGGGGUGAAGGCCCGGCGGCGGGAGGUGGAGAUGCCCGGGAACGGCGACGUCCCGUUCACGCACGCCAACAUAAGCUCGGCACGGCUGGAGCUCGGGUACAAGCCGACGACGGACCUGCGAACCGGGCUGAAGAGAUUCGUCAAGUGGUACCUGUCGUAUUACGGCUACAAUCACGGCAAGUCUGUACAUUGAACGAUCCUCUCCUCCUAAUUUCCCUUUCUUGUUUGGAAGUUCUUGAUUUAAAGUGGGGUUUUCCUUAUCAAGCGAUAUACAAAUUUUGGAGGGGGAGGGGGGGGGGGGGGGGGGACAGAUUUGUGAUUAUAGCAGUUCCCUCUCUCUCUCUUGUUGUUGUUUCUUGUUCUGUUAAAGAGAAUUCAGGGUUCUGAUAUUGUGCAGCAAAUCCAAUUCUUCAGUUGCUAAAUUCAAAGGGUAAUGAUAAUGGUGGUAGCUUAAAAUUUCUUCAGGAAA